CUGCCGGAGCGCUCGCUCGCAGGCGCCGCCGCGCCGCAGUCCUCAGUGAGCGGCGCCUGGGCUCGCAGGUCCCCGCCGCGACGCGCCACGGUCCUGGUCCCCGCCCGCGCCUCCCCCCGCUUCGCAAUGAGGGUCCUGAGUGGGCGCUGCGGGGCGCUACUGGCGUGCCUCAUCCUAAUGCUCCCGGUCUCCGAGGCAAACUUUUUGUCAAAGCAGCACGCUUCACAAGUCCUGGUUAGGAAACGCCGUGCAAAUUCUAUGUUUGAAGAAACCAAAAAGGGUAAUCUUGAAAGAGAAUGCAUUGAAGAAUUGUGCAAUAAAGAAGAAGCCAGGGAGGUCUUUGAAAAUGACCCUGAAACGGAUUAUUUUUAUCCAAAAUACUUAGGUUGUCUUGGCUCUUUCCGAGCUGGAUUGUUCACUGCUGCACGUCAGUCCACUGAUGCUCACCCUGAUCUCAGGAGCUGUGUCACUGCCAUUCCAGACCAAUGUAGUCCUCUGCCAUGCAAUGAAGAUGGAUAUAAGAGCUGCAAAGACGGCCAAGCUAGAUUCACUUGCAUUUGUAAACCAGGUUGGCAAGGAGACAAGUGUGAAUAUGAUAUAAAUGAAUGCAAAGAUCCCUCAAAUGUAAAUGGAGGUUGCAGCCAGAUAUGUGAUAAUACACCUGGAAGUUACCACUGUUCCUGUAGAAGUGGUUUUUUUAUGCUUUUAAAUAAAAAGGACUGCAAAGAUGUGGAUGAAUGCUCUAUAAUGCCAGACAUUUGUGGCACAGCUGUGUGCAAGAACAUCCCGGGAGACUUUGAAUGCGAAUGUGCUGAAGGCUACAGAUACAAUCCUGUAUUAAAGUCUUGUGAAGAUGUGGACGAAUGCUCUGAGAACAUGUGUGCUCAACUUUGUGUCAAUUACCCUGGAGGUUACUCUUGUUAUUGUGAUGGGAAAAAAGGAUUCAAACUUGCCCAAGAUCACAAGAGCUGUGAGGCUGUUCCAGUGUGCCUUCCCUUGAACCUUGACAAAAAUUAUGAACUACUUUACUUGGCAGAGCAAUUUGUAGGCGUGGCUUUAUAUUUAAAAUUUCGUUUGCCGGAAAUCACCAGAUUUUCAGCCGAAUUUGAUUUCCGGACAUAUGAUUCAGAAGGUGUUAUACUGUAUGCAGAAUCUCUUGACCGCUCAGCUUGGUUCCUGAUUGCACUUCGUGAUGGAAAGAUUGAAAUUCAGUUUAAGAAUGAAUUUACAACCAAAAUCACAACUGGAGGCAAAGUUAUUAAUGACGGUCAAUGGAAUAUGGUCUCUGUGGAAGAACUAGAACACAGUAUUAGUGUAAAAAUAGCUAAAGAAGCUGUAAUGAAUAUAAAUAAACCCGAAAGCCUUUUUAAGCCUACAAAUGGAUUUCUAGAAACUAAAGUAUAUUUUGCAGGAUUACCUCGGAAAAUGAAGAAUGCCCUCAUUAGACCGAUAACCCCUCGUCUAGAUGGAUGUAUACGAGGCUGGAAUUUGAUGGAUCAAGGAGCUUCAGGAGUAAAUGAAAUUAUUCAAGAAAAACAAAGGAAGCAUUGUCUUGUCACUGUGGAGAAGGGUUCCUACUAUCCUGGUUCUGGUGUUGCUCAAUUUAGCAUAGAUUAUGGUAAUAUAUCCAAUCCUGAGGACUGGCAAGUAAAUGUGUCCUUGAACAUUCGCCCUUCCACGGGCACUGGUGUUAUGUUCGCCUUGGUUUCUGGUAACACUGUGCCCUUUGCCUUGUCCUUGGUAGACUCUGCCUCUGAAAAGCUUCAGGAUAUCCUCCUAUCUGUUGAAAAUAUGGUAAUGUUUCGGGUAGAGGCCAUCAGUCUGUGUUCCAAUCAGCAAUUCCAUCUGGAAUUAAGAGUCAACAGAAACAAUCUGGAGCUGUUCACUCCACUUAAAAAAGACAUCAUCUCCUCUGAAAACCUUCAAGGACAGUUGGCCAUUUUGGACAAAGCAAUGAAAGGGACAGUGACCACUUACCUGGGUGGCCUUCCAGAUAUUCCAUUCAGUGCCAUACCAGUGAAUGCCUUUUAUAAUGGCUGUAUGGAAGUGAACAUUAAUGGUGUUCAGUUGGAUCUGGAUGAAGCCGUUUCUAAGCAUAAUGAUAUUAGAGCUCACUCGUGUCCAUCAGUUUCAAAAAGCACAGAGAAUUCUUAAGGCUUCUUUCCUGUACUGAUAAUACAUUUUUCCUGUAUGUAAUUAUACUUAUGUUUCAAUAAUAGCUGAAGGGUUUUACCUGCAAUGUACAGACCUUGAUUUUUUUUAUGGUACUUUGGCUUUCCUGGAAUUUUAAGAAAGGUCCUUUUUCAAGAAGAACAAGAUCCUCUUGUGGUACAAAUCACAUUUAAAAUUCUUACCUCUAUUGCUGCCUAGAAAUUAAAUAAUGAAAUAU